CAAUGACGUAGUGGGAGGGUGUAUAAUAUAGUUAUAUUUAUAUAGUAGUGAGUAGUGAAACAUAUACGACAGGUUUGUGCGCACCACUCGGUUAAGUACUUGUAACUGAAUGUCAAUUGAGCGGUCCAUUUAGCUUGUCACUUAAAGCUUUUCAAGCGAUAUCUCUCACGGAUCCGGGACGUUGUAUAAAAAAUGCUAAUCGUUUCGAAAUCGUGAAAAAUCACGGCUCGAGAUCGUUUGAUUUCGUUCCGUCAAUUUUCGCGGACGAUGCGAUAAAAACAACACUGACAUGAGUCAGUCAUCGAAGAAGCGUAAUUCCGAGCGGGAAUACCGAAUGGUGCGUUAAAGAUAAGAGUGUCAAUCGCUGGAGAAAUCGGUCUGGGGAGCAAUGGAAGAUGAACAACCAGCGAGAGAGACGAAUAAGAUUUGCGGUGUGUGUGGCGAUCGUGCGCUCGGUUACAAUUUCAACGCGGUUUCGUGCGAAAGUUGUAAAGCUUUCUUCCGACGAAAUGCUUUGAAAAAUAAGGAUUUUAGGUGUCCAUUUACUGAAAAUUGUAAUAUAACACCAGUCACUAGACGCUUUUGUCAAAAAUGUCGCCUAGAUAAGUGCUUCAGCAUAGGCAUGAGGAAGGAAUAUAUUAUGUCUGAGGAGGACAAAGUACUGAAGAGACAAAAAAUAGAACAGAAUCGUGCAAAGAAAAGACCAACCUUGGAAAGUGCAAAACCAUCAAAAAUAAAAAAAGGUUACUUGGAUGAGUGUAAUUUUGAUGACACUUCUAUGUCAGUUAAUUCAGUUGUGUCAACUGCAUCAGACACAUACUUUUGGGAGUCUGAUAGAAAAUAUACAGAUUUAGAUGCAAAUAGACAGAAUGUAACCGAAAGCUUAAGUCCUGUAACAGCUGCAAGCGUACCAAGUCCUUCUAGUCCACCGGAAAAUGGAGCCAUAAGUGGGUCAAAGACACUAGAUAUGAUGAAAGACUCUACCCAUAACUCAAACUCAAACUUUGAAAAUUAUGAUCAUACUUCUUCACCUCGUGGCGAAGAGAAUGAUGUUGAUGCUGAAAGGUUGAGAAUGGAUUUCAAUUCUCCUUCUCAAAAUCAACAAAGGUUAGACAAAGUUAAAUCUCCAUCUCAUAAUUUAGAAAAAAGUAAGAAGUCAGUAAUAGGUUCGAGAAAAUCUGACCAAAAUAUAUCAGACCUGAAUUCUGAGUUUGCUUCUACUAAUAAUGAAUCUAUGAAAUAUUCUCCUGAAUUUGAAAAUGCAUCUUGCUACAACAAGUUUGAUUGUAGCCCUGUACAGAGUUCCCAAUAUAUUGAGCACACAUCACAUUAUAGGAAAAUGAGCAUAGAUACGAAUUCAGGAAUGCACACGAGCGUGCAAAAUUCAGAAGAAGUAGUGCUUAGUCAAAAACAGAAUAAGGAAACGUGUUCAGAAGAAGACAAUUUUAUUAGUAAUAAAUUCUCGCAAGAUUCCACUCUGAUCACAAAACUUGUUAAUAAUUCAAAUUUUAUCACGAAAAUAUUUCAAAACGAAGAAUUACUUAUAAAGAUUAUGUCAGACCCUGUUGUUAUUAGCAAAUUAGAAGCAGAUCCCCAGAUUUCGCACUUUUUCAAAAAAACCGGUGUCGUCACAGAUAAAGAAGCACCAUCUGAGAAAGAAGCAAGUACUCAGUAUAAAGAUGAUGUAAAACCAGGUAACAAUAAUUCCAGUCACACGUUUAAACCAAUAUUAAAAGUUAAACAGAAACAAGUAGAAAAUCCUAUUUUGACCGAUUUAAUUACGAAUUCGAGUCAAGAGGAAUGUAUAAAGCAACGGGAUAAUAGUAGUGAUUGGAACAGAAAUCUAUCGGAUGUCACAAGAGACGUACUUCAAGAUGUGCAAAGAGUACCAAUUGCUGUGAAUUCCAUUGAAUCUAUACUUUGUGAAGCGAUUAAAUUAGAGUUUUCAACAUAUUCUGCUCUCGGCGGUAUGGAGACCAGAAGGGUAUUGAACGAUGCUGAAAGAGCAAAGUUAAAUGAAUUAAUAGUAGCCAACAAGGCGUUAUUAGCUCCUCUAGACGAGGAUAUAACGAAUUUAAUCGGAGAAGACUGUAAAUUUAAGAACAAUUUCGGCCGAUCUGACCCCGCACUAUUAGACGUUAUAAAUCUUACUGCCAUUGCUAUUAGACGCUUGAUAAAGAUGGCGAAAAAGAUAAAUGCCUUCAAAAAUAUGUGUCAGGAGGACCAAAUAGCUCUUUUGAAGGGUGGUUCCACGGAAAUGAUGAUUUUAAGAUCAGCACUCAAUUACGAUGUUGAGAAAGAUAUGUGGUGGAUACCGCAUAGUCAAGAAAGUAUGUCCAAUAUAAAGGUGGACGUGUUAAAAGAAGCAAAAGGGAAUCUUUAUACAGAGCAUUCAAGAUUUAUUAGAAGUUUCGAUCCUAGGUGGAGAGAUGAGAAUAUUAUUUUGAUUUUAAGCGCAAUUGCUUUAUUUACACCAGACAGACCGAAGGUAGUGCAUAAUGAUGUAAUUAAAUUGGAACAAAAUUCUUAUUACUAUUUGCUGAGACGUUAUCUAGAAAGUGUAUAUCCCGGAUGCGAAGCCAAAUCUAUGUUUCUAAAAUUAAUUCAGAAAAUUUCAGAUCUUCAUAGAUUAAACAAUGAAGUUGUCGGAGUAUAUCUUAAUUUAAAUCCGUCGAGCGUAGAACCACUUCUUAUAGAGAUAUUCGACCUGAAACAUUGAUCGAACGUGUUCAA